AUGUUGCUCAAGAGCAAAGCUUAUUCUAACCAUGCAGUUCAAGGAACAACCAAAGCACUCAGCUCCCUCUCCUCUCUAUUCACCAAAGACCCUCUUCAAAGCUCUUCAUUGAUACCCAAACCCAGAGUCCAGAACCCACGAAAACCCCUCCUUUUGUGUCCCAACGAGUUCGAGUAUUUCGUCAGGCGUCAAUGUAAAUCAGGUAAAAUCACCCUCCACGAUGCACUUACUUACUUUGACAAGUUAGUAACAACUGAACCUUCUCCAUUGAUUCAAACGUUUAAUAUUGUAUUGGAUUCAGUUUCAAAGCUUAAAUGCAAUUCAAAUGUGUUUUCAAUGUAUAGGAAGUUGAAUGUUGAAGGGAUUAAACCAAAUUUGUAUACUUUAAGCAUUUUGAUGAAUAGUUGCUGUCAAUUAAAACAAAUGAGCUCUGGGUUUUGUGUUUUUGGUGAGAUUAUAAAGAGGGGAUUUGAGCCUGAUUUGGUUACUGUUAGCAUUUUGUUGAAGGGUAUGUGUGCGGAUGGUAAGGUUUUAGAUGCAGUUCAAGUAUUUGAUAAAAUGUGUGAAAGAGGGUUUCAAGGGGACGGUGUUAUAUAUGGGAUUCUAAUUAACGGGCUUUGUUCUUUUGGUCAUCCGGGUAUGGCUCUAGAAUUGCAUAGGAAGAUGGAAAAUAGUAACUGUCAAGGGACUUUGCUGACGUUUAGUAUGGUUAUUGAUGCUUUUUGUAAAGAUGGGAUGGUUGAUGAGGCAGCGAGUGUGUUUUCUGAAAUGGUUUUGAAACAAAUUAGUCCUGAUGCUGUUGUUUAUGGUUCUUUGAUCCAUGGGUUUUGUCGUCUAGGUAGGUUGAAAGAAGCUGUUAAUGUUUUUGAUGAAAUGGUUAGUCGAGGACUCACUCCGGAUUUGAUCAUGUAUAACACUUUGAUUCAUGGUUUUUGCCAAGUGGGAAUGUGGGGAGAAGCUGUGAAAAUUUUCAAUCGGAUGGUUGAAAAUGGAAUUUCUCCGGAUGUGGUAACCUUCACAACUUUGAUAGAUUCUCUAGGCAAAGAAGGAAAGACAGGAGAAGCUCAAAGGAUACUUGAUUUGAUGAUUCGACGGGGGGCGAAGCCAGACAUACGAACUUAUAAUUCACUCUUGAGUGGAUUAUGUUCAAACGGUCACUUAGAUGAGGCAACCAAACUCUUUGGUUUGAUAGUUGAUCAAGGUCUUAAGCUUGACGCAUUUAGCUACAAUAUAAUGAUUAGUGGCUAUUGCAAGAGUUGGAAGAUGGAUGAAGCUUUUGAACUCUUUCAGAAGAUGCAUGACAAUGGAAUUAAGCCGACUAUAGUGACUUACAACACACUCAUAGGAAUGCUUUUCCAAGAAGGGCAAGUGAGCACUGCAGAAAAGAUGUUUAAUGAGAUGCAUGUUUAUGGUCAGUCUCCAGCGUUAUCUACAUAUACUGUCAUGUUGGAUGGGCUAUGCAAGCAUGGCCACAUUGAGGAGGCUUUUGAUCUCUUUCAUUCACUUGAAAGUACCAAUAAAAAACCGAGCAUUGAACAUUUCAGCAUACUAAUUGAUGGAAUGUGGAGAGCUGGAAAAUCAGAAGAAGCUAGGAAAAUGUUUACUGAAAUUUCUGAGAAAGGGUUGUCUCUUGAUGUUGUAACAUAUAACAUAAUGCUCAGCGGCCUCUGCAAGCAAAGUAUGUCACUGGAAGCCAAUAAAUUGCUCAUGGAAAUGGAAGAAAAAGGCUGCAUACCCGACUCGAUCUCAUUUAAUACCCUUAUUCAUGGACUCUUACGUGAAAAGGAGGUUGAAAAAGCAAUGAAUCUUUUGGAAGAAAUGCGCAGAAGGAAUUUCUCAGCAGAUGAAGGAGUCACUUCAUUACUGCUACGCCUUGCCAUGAAGGAUGAACAAUGUCGUGCAGCUCUCGAGUCCCUUCCAGAGGUUAUCUGAAAAAGGCUGUUUCUUGUAAUAUUAAUACCAAUGUGAACAUAUCAAUCAUCUGCCAUAACUCCUCUCUUUUCUGCUUAACAUAGAAAGUGCUAAGAGAAUAGCAAAGCUUGCUUCUUUAUGAAUUCGAUUCAGAUGAGAUCAUAGUGUAGGAUUGAGACUUAAGAUGACAAUGCAGCUGUGCUCAAACUGAUAUUCACAAAAUACAUCCUCUUUUAAACUUUUUGUACAAA